UGUAAACAUAACUAACUUAGGUACAAGAUUCCACACUGCUCACUGUCUUCAUCUGAAUCAACUCGGAAAGAAGCAUGCAGUACAUCACGACCAUUUCUGUCGAGCUGGAGAUGAAGCCGCCUCCUGAACAUGCAGCUGAAGGAAGCCGAAGAGCCAGCAGACUGAGGCAGCACCUGGCCGCCAUUGCUAUGAGCAUCGGGGCGCUGGGCACGGGCACGACACUGGGCUGGACCAGCGUGGCCAUCCCGGAGCUGCAGUGCGGCUACGCGUCUGCGGCCGGAGCGCAGUGCUACCAGUCGUGGCAGCUGUCCUGGGUCUCGGGCUGCAUGUCGCUGGGGGCGCUGGCGUUCUCGCUGCCCGUGGGGCGGCUGGCCGACGUGCUGGGCCGCAAGCGGGCCGGGCUCUGCCUGGGCCCCCUCUUCCUGGCCGGCUGGGCGUUCCUCAUCUGGGGAGACUCGCUGGCAUUGCUGUGCGUGGGCCGCCUGCUGACCGGAGCUGCGGGCGGAGCCUUCAACGUGCUGGCGCCGGUGUACAUCGCCGAGGUGGCCCAGAAGGAAGUCCGGGGAGCACUGUGCAGCUACUUCCAGCUGCUGCUCACCGUCGGCACCCUCUACGUCUACAUGCUGGGUGCGGUGACCGGCCUGUUCUGGACCUCCGUGGGCUGCGCCGUGGUGCCCGCGGUCUUCCUGGUGGCACUCUCGCUGGUGCCCGAGACUCCCCCCUACCUGCUGCAGGGCGGAGCUGGCCGAGGCGAGGGCGGCUCUGGAGGAGGACUCCGGGAACGGGAGGUCCGGGCCCUCCGGGAGGGGCUGAGCACCCCUGCUGCCGGUCGGGGAAUCGUCGCGGGGCUGGGGCUCGUCACGUGCUUCCAGCUCUGUGGCAUCAAUGCUGUGCUUUUCUACGCGUCCGAUAUCUUCCUGAGAGCGUCGGGCGGAGCCCUGGAGGCGGAUACGUCUGCCGUGGUGGUGGGCGCCAUGCAGGUGGUGGCGACGCUGGUGGCGUCACUGGUGGUGGACCGCGCGGGCCGCAGGCCGCUGCUCGUGGCGUCCGCCGCAGUGGUGGGACUGUGCGCUCUGCUCCUGGGAGCCUACUUCCAGCUGGACUCCAGUGGCGAGGCCGAGGGCCUGGACUGGCUGCCCCUCGCCAGCCUCUGCCUGUUCGUGGUGGCCUUCUCGCUGGGGCUCGGGCCCGUCACCUGGGUGCUGCUCGGAGAGCUGUACGCCCCCGAGGUGCGCGCCUUUGCGGGCUCCCUCUGCUGCCUCGUCAGCUGGACCUUCUCCUUCCUGGUCACCACCUUCUUCAGCGAGCUCAGCUCCGCCGUCGGCGUCCAGGGAACCUUCUGGAUCUUCGGCUCCGUGGCAGUCGCCGGCGCCCUGUUCGUGUUCUUCGUGGUUCCCGAGACGAAGGACCGGUCGCUGGAGGAGGUGCAGAGGCAGCUGUCUGGCGGGGCCCGAGUAUGGAGUUUGUCCUGCACCUGCAGAUGAGCCUCCUCACCUAGACAAAUCUGGAUGUUACAGUGAUCACCAUUCCUCUGGAUGAACCCACAUUCGUACACGAAUCAGCGAAUGGUAGUAACACGGUCUCACUUUUUCUAACAUCAGACAUUCACUUGAUCACUUGGAACAAUCUAUUGGACCACAACAGGAACCCAGGCCCUCAUCUGCCACCAGUAAUGCUCUUCCAACUGAGCCACUACCUUUUUUCCAUAAAAUGAUACAAGUUUCCAGCUCAUGGACUUUAUCACAUUCAUUAGCUGAUUUAAAUAGUGCUCCAGAUCACGAUUCAUGACUUUUCUCAAGUACAGCAGUUACCAUAUACGUACCAUACACUUACAUACCAUCCUGUAUGUCUUAUUGGACCCGCUACAGCUGCAGGUUCGAAUCCGGCCUCGGGCAUGGAUGUGUGUGAUGUCCUUAGGUUAGUUAGGUUUAAGUAGUUCUAUGUUCUAGGGGACUGAUGACCUCAUAUGUUGAGUCUCAUACUGCUCAGAGCCAUUUUGAACCUUAUUGGACCAACACUUCUGGAACAACCGAAUUAGCAUAAAAUGGCUUGACCAUUGUAUAAUGACUGUCGCCAUAGUCGAAUUGAGAAUACAUAACUAAACUGUUCCCAUAUAACUCAUCCCCUCUCCCCUUUCUUCCCCUCUCCAAACCUAUACAAUUCCCUUCCACACCUGAAGAUGUAAAAUGCCUGACCACUAUCCAACAAAUUUGGUGGACUUCCCUCUAGUUUACCUUGUCAGCCGGCCAGUGUGGCCAAGCGGUUCUAGGCGCUUCAGUCUGGGGAUGUGUGUCAUGUCCUUAGGUUAGUUAGGCUUAAGUAGCUCUAAUUUCUAGGGGACUGAUGACCUCAAAUGUUAAGUCCCAUAGUGCUCAGAGCCAUUUGACCGUUUUUUACCUUAUCGCCUGUUCCAUAUACCACCUUGAUCUCUUAGCCACCUGCUGUUCCAACCCAGUACGCUUCUGUGUGAAUAAAAUGGUCCCUGGUGUAAGCUACUAAUGACAUAUUGUUUCCAGCUGAAUGGUACUGUCGAGAUAAUCUGACACGCCACACUCAUAACUUUCUGAUAUAGUGACUUUGCCUGAAAAUGGUUUGGGCGAGUCUGGGGGAUGUCUCAUGGUAUCUCAACACUGCCAUCCAACUGGAUACCUGAGAGCCAUUCAUCAAGUACACGUCGUUUACAACCAUCUCAGUUCCCUUCCGUAAGCCUUAUCACACUCCCCUUAACCUGAAUACUACUCCCUAACGUUAAGUAAACUACGACACUGCUGAAAUCUCCUUUCCCACAAGAUCUCGUGUUUCUGCAAACCACGAUUCUGUUCAUGAGGACACUCAGUGAACACAAACUUCAAAUCCUUGUCCUCAAUGUGACCUUCUUACAGGCUUACAAAGUGAAGACACAGUCCACAAUCUGUGUGUUGAGAUGAAGUUCUCAGUGCUCGACUUAGGUACACCACUGUUCAUCAACAAUCCCUAAAGCAUUCACCAUCUUACCCAAUCACUUUCCUGUAAGCUGUGAAACCUUUUUCCAGUCAUUCUAAUCCUCUUGACUUCCUCACAGGCACAGCUAAGACCUUCCCUAUCUCUAGCACUACCAUCACUCUCAAUGCUCACAGUAACUUCCCCGUGUCAGAAUCAAGUGCUGGUGUCUAAUGACUCUUUCCAUGGUCACACAAUCACUAUCCCACUUUUAACCUAUCAUUACAGCUAAAUCACUGCAGAAAACAUCAUCACUGGAAUCAAGUAUCAAUCGGUCUAUCCGAUUGUCGCUCUAUAGACCCUACCUGGAUGCCUUAAUCCCAAUAGCCUACCUGUUCACAUCCUGUACUACCUCCACGUAUGACUGUAAACCUAUUGGGAAGCCUUAGGUAUAAAACUUUGAAGCCGAUCAGUACUAUCGUAACAGUCUAAUAGCGUGCCUUUCUUUCUUCAGAAGACUUUCCCCAUUUGUCAUAUCGAGCCACAAUGCAGCAAAGCCUAUCUGUUCCCAAUGCUAUCUGCUAUCUGCUACUCCCUCUACCGAACAAUGUCUCCAAAAUUAAAAACUUUGCAAUCUAUCCUAAUGACAUCACCCACAACGAUGCGAACUUUGAUCAGUCCCUACUCCAAAAAGUUUAAAACUACCCAAUCUCUCCCACCCCAGACUCUUGGCUCGCUGCACACGUAAAAGAAUUAGCCAGCUACACUUCAGGAAUGAAGCUUCCCCACCAUUAUUUACAUCUUCAAACCUUGGUGUAUAAAGUGCAUACCUUUUUAAAUGUGACUUAGCCACCUGAACCCCAAAAUUGUACAAGUAUUUUAAGUCUUCAAACAGCAUUCACUUCUCGUUCUCUGUCCCUUUCUUGUCCCGCAGGUGAGUCAAUUAGCCACUCAUCAAAUUAUGUCCUCUCUUCACUGUGAAUGAACACAUAAGAAUAUCCUACAGCUCCAAAAUACCUGAUACCAUCCAAAGUAUCUUUUCUUGUCUAACCUCCUGCCUUUACACACUGCCGCGUCUGUAACAGCUCAUACCUCUACCUUAUACCUACAUAAUUUUCACAUCAUCUCCUAGAACAUUUUCAUUGAACCCCUUUUGACUCUGGCUUAUACCUGUGCCACCAGCUGUCACGGGCCCUUUCUUUCUUUCUCCAUGUCCAUACUCGCCUCUUUCUCUUCUAUGUCCUAAUCUUUCAUUUAUUACCCAUUAUCCCUAUUUUUAUUAUCCCUCCAUUCAGCUCUCCAGAAAAACCUUCACAACUUCACGCCCAAUAUCCAUUCCACACCUAAUUCACUACCUGUUUACUAAAGUACUUAACUUCCAUAUUCAUUUGUUCCAGACUCCAAAAAUCUUUAAGCAAAGGCCCACCACAUAGAAUCGACAGUUUGUGUGUUUUUAUUCCUUCACUUCAUAUUGGUCUCUUUGCAUUGCUCACGUUACAUAAUUACAAUGAAUCGUUUCAUUCAGUUUAUAGAUUGUGAAAUAACUAUCAUGUUGUACCUAAAAUCAUGUAUUUUAAGGACUCUGUCGAUAUAUUAAGAUAAAUUUUUGUAUACCUCUAAAAUUUUUGAUAGUAUAAACGUUAUAAUUUUGUACCACUAUUAUCCCUCACUAACCGUAUUGAGUGAAGGGUAAGAAAAGAUAAUAAAAGAAAAAUAACCAUCGCUUCUGUAUGUCAUAGAUGAUGGAAAUCCCAUUGAUGAGAUGUAUUCAAAGAAUGCCGAUAUUUCCAUGAGUGUCAAUAAGUGUCUGCAUUGUUUAACUCAAGUAAAAAUGUUUCGAAAAAGCUUUUUCUGCUACACAGACAAUAUCAACACGAAAAUACAAUUUCACUCCUAGGUUCCUUUCACUCAGUGUGUAACAUCGACUUCUUUGGCUAAAUGAGCAAACUGCUUCCAGAAGACUUUUAAAAAAGAAUUUUAUUUAUAUUUCACGUCCGUGGUACCAUGCUAUCCUAAGCUACUUGGUCAUGGAAUGAGUCUAUAUACACAGUAAUUAUAAAGUCUGUGAAACAUUUCAGAAAUUUGGUAGAGAUAAACA